AUGUUCUACGAUGAUAAUGAUUAUUCAUCAGAUGAUGAUAAUCGAUUUCAUGCUGUAUAUCAUUGUUAUUCUCCAGCGUUUUUGACCGAUCGUGAACAAACCAACAUUGAACAUGGAGGAAAAAUUUUACUACCACAAACUGCACUGGAACAAUUAAUCGAUCAAGCUAGGAUAAUGUUAUUUAAAUUAACAAAUCGUAAACAAAAUCGUAGUACACAUUGUGGUGUUUUAGAAUUUUUGCAGAGCAGUGAUCCCGUUUGCCAUAUACCGUACUGGAUGAUGCGUCAUUUAUCAUUGAAUGAAGGUGAUGUCAUACACGUUGAGUGUAUCUCGUCCAUUCCACCGGCAAGUUUUGCUCGUUUUCAACCGCAAUGCAGAGAUUUUCUAGAUUUGAGUAAUCCCAAAGCUGUUUUAGAGAGAGUUUUGAGAAGUUUUAGUUGUUUAACAAAAGGCGACCUGAUAUCGAUUAAUUAUCUCGGCCGAAACUAUGAAUUGGCUGUUUUGGAAUUAAAACCAGCUGAUGUCGUUUCAAUUAUCGAAUGUGACAUGGAAGUGGACUUUGCUCCUUCUGUUGAUCAAACCGAAUCCAAAUCAACAUCGACAACCGCGAAACAUCAAGCAUUAGUUAAGUCCUCCUUAACAUCUGCACCAUUUCACGGACAAGGUAAUCGUUUGAAUGGAAAGCUUAAAGAUACAGAUCAAGAAGAACAACAACGUCAUGCUGAAAGUUCACGUAGGCGUGGACAACCGAACUAUGAUUAUAAAUGCGGUUUAUUACAGUUUCCACGUGCACCGUUACACAGUUUAGAUAAUGAUAUGAAUGAAAUUUUCGAGAGAAAUACUUCAGCUAUAUUUCAACCAUUUACAGGUGAAAAAAAAAUUCUUAGACAACUACGAACGGAACAACCAAAGUAG